CCCUACUAAAACUCACUAAUGACCUACUAACUGCUAAAACCAAUGGCCAUUACUCCAUACUCAUCCCAACCAAUGGCCAUUACUCCAUACUCAUCCCAACCAAUGGCCAUUACUCCAUACUCAUCCCAACCAAUGGCCAUUACUCCAUACUCAUCCCAACCAAUGGCCAUUACUCCAUACUCAUCCCAACCAAUGGCCACUACUCCAUACUCAUCCCAACCAAUGGCCACUACUCUACUACUCACUCCUAACCAAUGGCCUUUACACUAACCUGGCCACUACUCCUACUAAUCCCAACCAAUGGCCCUACUCCUCAUACUCAAUCCCUAACCUUUCUCGGCCAUUACUCUAUACUCAUCCAGAUCUAUGUCUCCACUCCCCAGCUCACCCC